AUGUCCGCAUUUCAACGCAGCGUGAAAAGUCGUGUGGUUCUCGCGGUAGAUAAUUCGUACUGGGGCCAACCUACUAUUCCCAACGGUGCAAAAUUAUGGUCGGUGGUCAUCGACUCCCUGGACGAUGGAUAUGCUUACAACUUUACCGUCACUCGCUCAAUUGAAGUGCGCUAUUUGAGAGCAGAUUAUGCAAGACUAAGAUCUGCUUUCUCUCUUAAGCGUCUUGGUUCCUACACAAACUCUGUAGACGUCGACGGAGAUGUUACAUUUGUUGCCAACUCACUUUGCGUGGCCCUCCAAAGGUUCAUGUAUAACGGAAGUCAUAGAAUACGGGGUGCAACCUUGCCAGUUGGUCCAACCUACGGCAGUUUAUUCCCGGGGCUGUCUCCUCUUGAUCUGCAUCGGUUCAUUGAUAUGGCGAUAUUGUCUAUGGACAUCGAAAUACCGUCUCUUACACCGAAGCAGGUAGAUCAAGAUGUCGCUUCUAUCGAGAACAAAUUCAUAGAGGUUGCUUCGAUCAACGAUAUGUCAUAUCGAGCUUUGGGCCCUGAAUCUUCCCUUUUUGAUGCAUACCCAAGUCCCAGAUCAUGUUCCUGGACAAGAGACAAGGCAAUCGCAAGGAUGCUUUUACAUGGACAGCAACCAAAUGACGGUAACUCAAAGGUUCUCGUGAUCGGUAAAGAUAAGUCCAUGCGUGUCGUUUGUGCCUUACGUGCAGAAGAAAUUGAUGUGCGGUUUCUAGAAUUCGAUGGAAUUUGCUGCCGGGGUUCUCAAAAAAACGAAGAGUUCAAUUAUUCCCAAACCGGAGACUACAAGUUUAAAGGCGAACAAUACGAUAUGGUUUUUAUUAACAAGCCAAGUUCCACAAACCAUGCAGUAGAUGCUCGUCAAAAGUGCGAGCUUAUCUCGUCAUUACGCAAAGCCUGCAAGGUUAAAGGAUUGAUAAUUCUGUCUGUCCGUUCGAUGCCCACGAUAUCUGGCGUAUUUGACAUCAUAGAAAUUCCCGAUCAGAGCGCGAUCGAUGAAGAGGCUAUACUAAGUUUUCGGAACACGCUUGGCGGAACACUAGAUCGCGAGGAUCCGCUCAAUUGUGUCAUUCUAGCCACCGUUUAUGUCACCUAUGACGGCGCAAACACGCGGUAUCGACUGAAUCCACCAGAUCAUCCAAUAUACUCAGAAUUUUUCCCCAAACUAUCGGACGAGAGUUAUCAUCUUAUCUGCAAGCGAAAUCAGUGGAGUGAUAUACUUUUGGCUCGGUCAUACCUCACAGCGGCUUUCCAGCGAACCUCCACUAAGCAUGUGCGACAGGCAGAGAACCCUCUACAAUGCUACGCCGCUUUGAAGGUUGGUGCCCCUUCGCCACUUCCAAUCGGCAUACGAAUUCUUCCACCAUAUUUCUUCUCUCGCAAUCCCCGAUUCCUUGAAAUGGUAGAAGCACGUUACGAUGAAUUGUUGGAUCUAUGUGAUAUCAGUGAAAUUGAUGCUCCUCAAAAGAUCAUAUCCCAGUUUUUGGGCAGUGGCUCUACCGCCCUCUUGUACAAUCUUUCUAAAUUUCAUGACAUGCUGAUCAAAUCUCAUGACGACGACGAGAGCAAAGACUACGAUAGAGUGUUGCCGUUUGAAGCUAUGGCAGUCUUAUGCUCGAUAUCAUUCUUCUGCAUCCUACGCAUGUAUCUAUGCGCCUAUAAUGAGAUUCUUAACACCUCUCUGAACGCUUGA